ACGGACCAGACAUACUAAAGGAGGAAUUAGUUAAAGCCUUGGCAGAAACUAAAAAUGGAAAAGCUGUCGGUCCUGAUGAUUCAAAUGUUGAAAUCCUCAAACUGUUGGACGAAGAAAAUAUGAAUCUUCUACUUAAAUUGUUUAAUCGCAUCUACAACACCGGAGAGAUACCUAAACUAUGGCUGCAAUCCACAUUUGAGGCGUUGGAAGAUUUAGAAGUGGGAAUAAAGGUAAAUGGUAAAUCUAUUAAUAACAUCCGAUAUGCUGACGAUACGGUGCUCCUAGCUGGCAAUGAGAAGGAUUUGCAGUGCCUGGUGGACAGAGUUAGCAGUAUUAUAAACAAAACAAAAUUUAUGAUUGUCAGCAAACAAAAUAUCGAAAAUAUCAGGAUACAAGUGGAAGAUCAAAAUAUAGAAAGG